CCCUGGCUCCCGGCUCAGCCGGAGCUCAGCCCCAGGGGCAUGCCGGCCGUGAGAGGCGGAAGCCCGCUCCGGGGGAGGGGAGAGCCGGCCGGUCCUCCCUCACAGGGAGCCUCCCCCGCAGGCGGGCGGCGGCGACAGUCUCGGCCUCCCCUCGCGGCUCGGCGGACUGAGGGGCGGCGGCGGCGGCUGCCGGCGAGCCGAGGGCUCCGGCUGUCUGAGGUAGCGGCGGCGGCUUCUUCGGUUCCUCUUCAGCGCGCCCGGUCCGUAAACGCUGGAGAAACUGAAAUUCAAACUGCUGAGGCGGCGGCUGCAGCUCCCUCCCCUCCGCCAAGAUGGGGCUGAAAUGGCCGCGCCAGGGAUGCUGGGAGGAGCAGCAGCAAGCCCGCUGCCGCCGCCGCUGCUGCUGACUAAAAUGCCGCCGCUGCCGCAGCCGCCGCCA